AUGGCCCAAGAUGCCCCUGCGGACACCGCAGGUCCUUCCUCUCCGCCACCCCAACUCCCUGAAGGAUGGCUUCCUCAGUGGGAGGGUGUUCAGCGCAAAUGGUACUUUGUGCAGCGAGCGACCGGCAAGUCCCAGUGGGAGAUUCCUACCGAACCAGUUGUCCUCACGCCUUCGACGACACCGGGGUCGAUUGGAACUGGACCUACACACCCACCCUCGCGACCGUCGACCAACAGCCCUCGAGUAACGGGAUCGGGAAAAACAUUGGCGGAACGGAUUGAAUCUGUCGUGGGCAAUGCGAGAACCUCCAGCGCCCUUGACACCCAAUUCAAUGGACAGCUGGAACACCCCACGUACGGGCCCUCGGGGACGCCUAGCUGGUACUCAACCCCGGCCAGCCAACACAUACCCCAGAACUAUGGGCAGCAGGCUGCUCCGAGUAAAGUGCAAUAUGGAGCGCAGCAGUCAUACCCGCCGAACUUGAACACGGGCCCCGCGGUAAAUCAUGGGCAUAUUCAGUUGUCCCCAAGUCAACGAUCUGUCAGGGGAGAUCCUUCCAACAUGCAGUGGGGUGGCACCGCACCCGCCACUUACAUCCACCCCAUCCACCCUGGUGGCUAUAACCCCCAGCAGCCCAAUGAGCUACCUCGGGGGUUUGCAAUGGACUCCCAUUAUUUACAAUCAUCAAUGACCCAUCCCGGAUCAGUCGCUACAGAGAGCCAUCUUCCAGGCCUUGCAGCCGUCCUACCAACAGAGCCUCAAUGGCAUCCAAGCCAGCAACCUGUACUACCAGAUGCCCCACCUGAGUCGUUGAUGGGUUCCAGCGUCUCAAGGUCGUCGCAGUCAGUGUAUGCAGCCUACCCAACUUCGCGCCCUCUUGGAUCCUCUCCGGGCGUUUUUGCUUCAGCGUCAUCGUCCUCCAACCCAUCACUGCCUGGAAGUGACUUCGCUCUCAGCCGAGAAGGAACCCAGUCGAUACACAACACCUUGCCAAUUCGUCCGCAGGGUGAUGCUGGGAAUUUUUACCCUGGGUCCGGACACUCUAUGUCCCGGACUCCAUCGCAACAGGCUGGCGGCCUGUCGCAACAAGAAAUCCAUGGUUCGAGCUCAAUCAUGCAGCCUCAACAUAGAAAUCAGCCACAACUGUCACUGGCACAGAGCCAAUAUCAUCCCACCAGCAUGUCACGGACAUCAUCAGGAACAAACUUCGCUUCCCCAGGGAAUUCUGCUGCUCUUGAACCACAGGGUAGUACCGGCCCUCAUUACCAGACUCCGCUUGUACAAGCCGGGAUGUCUCAGUACCAACCGACUCCACACUACUCCAGCCAUUCACCAGGGAAUACAUAUUCUAUGAGUGCCAGUCAGUCCUAUCAAACGGGUCCAUCGCCUCUCCAGCAGAUCCAGUGGGGUGGUCAAAAUCCCGGUGCUUCCCGCACGGCAGCAUCCGAUUCUCAAUUCGUUAGUGGACCCUGGGCGUCCUCGACGCCGCCUGCUUCUGGGCCACCACAGCCACCGCGAUGA